CGAUAUUUUAUUGAACAAUUUUUCUCCUUCUUUCCACUCAAAAACUCCAUUGAAGCAGCCAAGAGCUUACUACACAGUAAUCAAUCUGUUUGGAAGUGGCGGAUCCAGUCUCUCACAAAGAAAGGAAGCCGUUUGUUCUCAUCAAGUGAAUCGGAAUAUUGAGCUUCUAUUUGGAAUCAAGAAAUGAACUUAGGGAGACUGAAAAAUAUGGUAGCUGCUGCAGCCAUUGAAGGAUUGGUCGAGGCAAGGGCCAAGAUAUUUGGUCAUGUAAUUAAUCCAACUGGGCAGCGAUCUGCUCACAAGGUUUUACGCAAGAAGCUGAUCGGUGAAAAGGUCUCACAAUGGUACCCACAUGAUAUCAUGAAAGACGACCCUCUUGUGAUGGCACGUCAAGAACAAGAGCGUCUGAGCAAGCUUGAAAUGUUGAAACGUCGUGGAAAGGGACCGCCUAAGAAGGGCCAGGGCAAGCAGGCUAAGAAACGCAACAAAUAGAGAGUACAUACUUUCACUGGUUUGAAAUAAAGGGGUAUCUAGAGGAUUACUCUUUACAAUUUGAUUGCUAACUUUUAUCAUCAGCCACUUGCUUUCUA